UUACAGUUCAUCCUUACUUUAAAAUACCAACAGAUUGCAGAGCGAGAACUGCAGCAUAUGAAACAUACUGCUAAUACAUUUUGCACAGUAUGUGUCUGGGGAUUUAUAUAAUGUUAGCUGCGAGAACAGAAGGGUUCUUCCCUUUUUUUUCUUUUUUUUUUUCUUUUUUAAGUCAAGAAAGCAAAUAAAAACUACCCAGCUGAUUCCUAAAGGAAAACACUUGGAACUACAGUUUUGUUCUUUUUCGGGCAGAAGGGGAUUUUCUUUCUUCUUACUACCGCACAAUUAAGCAUUGAGCUGUUUACACUGGUAGGAUGGAGUUAAUUCUGGGAACUACGCGCGACAUCAAUGCAACAUCUCUAUUACAUUGCCUCUCUCCACGCAGUUGUACUAAGUUGGGAUUGGCGGCUCUAUCACAACAUCGACUUCGGUCCCUUGACCCAGUUGAUUCCCUGCACAGGUUCCCUCACCCAAAUGCAGUCUACAGUGAGAGGUGACUACAUACAUACACACACAUAUAUAUAUAUAUAUAUAUAUUUUUUUUCCUUUUUCAUGAAGGAAGAAAGAAGCAAGGGGGAAAGGGAGGGUAAGAUUUUCUGGCAGUAUCAGGGAUUGGGGGGAGGGGGGGGGGGGGAUCCCUGCGACCCAAGCAAACUGGCAGCAGCCUGUUACCCUUCCCCUCCCGGCAGGACGGCGACGGCGGGCGGGAAGAGCUUCGCCCGUUUAAAUCCCCUCCCGCGGCGGGCGCGGAGCCGCCGCCGCCGUCUCGGGGUUGAUUCGUAGCACCUUGCGAGGAAGUGAAACGUUUCGCACGGAAGGGGCGGAGCGUCCGCCCGCGGGCAGCGGCUCCUCGGCGGCUGCUAAUAACAACAUUAGGAGAUUAGCGGCAACUUCUCUCCACUUCUUUAACCUUUCCUGGCCGAUAAUUUACCGUGUUUUCUUUCUGCUUUUUAUUUUUUUUUAAUCGUCCCUUUCUUUUUUUGGUAGGGAGAUAGCCUCUUUUUGUAAACUAAAGAAUGGGGCGGAGGGGGUAAUCAAAGACGAUUCUCUCUGUCCGUCUGUCUACCCCCCCCUCACCUAUUUUUAAACCCUUUAGUCAGAGGCAGGGUGCAAACUAAAAGCCACCAUCACCUCCUUUAGGAGAUCCUCCGGCCCGCCGCACAGCCGCCUCGCUGGCAAGGCAGAGCGGGCAGGCGCUGGCGGGACGGGACGGGACGGACGGCAGCGGGAGCGGGCCGGCCUCGCCCCUCGGGCUCGUCCAUCCCCAGCUCCAUGAAGAAGCUGGUGGUGACUAAGCUGAGCCAAAACUUCAGGGAAGCGGUCACCCUGCAGCAGGACUCGCCCGUGCCACUCCCGGGAGACGGAGACCUCCUGGUCAGGAACAGAUUUGUCGGCAUUAAUGCAUCCGAUAUAAACUACUCAGCUGGUCGAUAUGAUGCCUCAGUUAAACCCCCCUUUGAUAUAGGCUUUGAAGGUGUUGGUGAAGUGGUAGCACUAGGACUCAGUGCUAGUGCAGAUUUCACAGUGGGUCAAGCUGUGGCCUACGUGAAAGCAGGUUCCUUUGCUGAAUACACAGUUGUGUCUGCCAGACAAGCAGUACCUCUACCCUCAGUGAAACCCGAGUUUCUCACUUUAAUGGUAAGUGGUGCAACAGCGUAUCUCAGUUUGAAAGAGCUGGGAGACCUGUCUGAAGGCAAGAAGGUUCUGGUGACAGCAGCAGCUGGAGGAACGGGUCAGUUCGCUGUGCAGCUUGCAAAGAAGGCAAAAUGCCAUGUAAUUGGAACCUGCUCCAGUGAUGAAAAGGGUGGCUUUCUGAAAUCCAUUGGCUGUGACCGUACCAUCAACUAUAAAACUGAAAAUGUCGAAUCUGUGCUAAGGAAGGACUAUCCCGAUGGUGUAGAUGUGGUGUAUGAAUCUGUUGGGGGAAAGAUGUUUGACUUGGCUCUCAAUGCCUUGGCUAUCAAAGGGUGCCUGAUAGUUAUUGGGUUUAUCACUGGCUACCAAAACCCCACUGGCCUCCAGCCCAUUAAAGCAGAGUUAUUGCCAGCAAAACUGUUGAGGAAGUCUGCUAGUGUCCGGGGUUUCUUCUUGAACCAUUACCUUUCUGACUACAAAAUGGCUCUGCAGCAUUUGCUCAAGAUGUAUGAAAGAGGAGACCUGGUUUGUGAGGUGGACUUUGGAGACAUGUCUCUGGAGGGCAAGUUCACUGGCUUGGAAUCUGUAUUCCGUGCUGUAGAUUACAUGUACAUGGGAAAAAACAUUGGAAAAAUUGUAGUUGAAUUACCUCACUCUGUCAACAGUAAGCUGUAAAAACAGAACAAUGAUAUAAAUCAGAAGCGAGAAAAUGGGCACUUUAUGCCUCAGAUUUACUAGAAACAAUUUCUUUUUUUAAGCUUAGUAAUGGAUAUUAUAUUAAAAACAGCAUUAAAGUGUUGAUAAAAAGGGAAGGGUUUGUUGGGUUUUUGUUUUGUUUUGUUUUUAAUUCCUUAAAAGUGUUUAAAUCAGUGGCUGUAGCAGGGACAUAAUGGGCCUGUGUUUGAUACUGUCACUUUGGUUAGUGUGAGACAAGAACAUUGUUCUUGACAGAAUAAGUCUUGAUGCAGAGGCAGAUUUAGUCUGUCAGCCUGAUUUGAUAAGACUUCAUAUGCAGUUCAGCUCAGAAAAAAAAAAAUCUUUCAGCAAUUUUGAUUCCCUGAUUUAAAAAUAAAAUUGUUAGAACAAGAAUAAGUAAAGAGUUGUAUCUUUGGGUUGCUCUAUUAAUCUUUUGAAGUUUCUGGGGAAAAAAUGCACUUGAUUUUCUGUCACAAACACGAUAAUCAUAAUUCAGUUGCAUCAUGGAUCAUAGUAAUAUUCCUUGACUGGUUGCACAGAGAAAUUUAUCCUCCAAUUCUGACAUGUCAGUAAUAUUAAGCAACUUGGCUUUUUUUUUUUUAAUCCUGUCUUUCAUAACUAUAAACAACUGCACAAUUUUCUUUUAAAUUUUUAACUAUAAGUUGCAGUAGUCUCAUUUUGUUGCCUUUUCAUUUUCCGCUGUUGCUGUUUAUUGUCCAGUCUCCCCUUUAGUCAGUAUUUAAAGAUUAUUGGAAUUUGGAAUGGGAUUUUGAGCCAUGUUCAUGUGUGUUCAGGCCCUGUAUAUUUUUUUAAAAUUAAAUAAA